AGUGGAAGGGGAAGGACCUGUUUGAUCUCGUGUGCAGGACACUAGGACUCCGAGAAACCUGGUUCUUCGGGCUUCAAUACACUAUCAAGGAUACGGUGGCUUGGCUCAAAAUGGACAAGAAGGUUCUGGAUCAUGACGUUCCAACGGAGGAGCCCGUCACCUUUCACUUCCUGGCCAAAUUUUACCCUGAGAACGCAGAGGAGGAACUGGUUCAGGAAAUCACCCAGCACUUGUUCUUCCUGCAGGUGAAGAAGCAGAUUCUGGAUGAGAAGAUCUACUGUCCUCCUGAAGCUUCUGUCCUGCUGGCCUCUUACGCUGUCCAAGCCAAGUACGGCGAUUACGACCCCAACGUCCACAAGCGAGGCUUCUUGGCUCAAGAAGAGCUGCUUCCAAAGCGGGUAAUAAACCUGUACCAGAUGACUCCAGAGAUGUGGGAGGAAAGGAUAACAGCCUGGUACGCAGAGCACCGAGGCAGAGCGAGAGAUGAAGCUGAAAUGGAGUAUUUGAAGAUAGCUCAGGACUUGGAGAUGUACGGAGUGAACUAUUUUGCGAUUAGGAAUAAAAAGGGCACCGAACUGCUCCUUGGAGUUGAUGCCUUGGGUCUUCACAUUUAUGACCCAGACAACAGGUUGACCCCUAAAAUCUCUUUCCCGUGGAACGAGAUCCGGAAUAUCUCAUACAGCGAUAAAGAGUUCACGAUUAAGCCGUUGGACAAAAAGAUUGAUGUUUUUAAAUUCAAUUCGUCAAAGCUGCGUGUGAAUAAGCUGAUUCUCCAGCUGUGUAUUGGAAACCACGACCUCUUCAUGAGGAGGAGGAAGGCAGACUCCUUGGAGGUCCAGCAGAUGAAAGCGCAGGCCAGGGAGGAGAAAGCCAGGAAGCAGAUGGAACGGCAGCGCUUGGCCCGAGAGAAGCAGAUGAGAGAAGAGGCUGAGAGGACAAGGGACGAGCUGGAGAGAAGGUUGAUGCAGUUAAAGGAGGAGGCAACGAUGGCCAACGAGGCUCUGAUGAGGUCUGAAGAGACAGCAGACCUGCUGGCUGAGAAGGCUCAGAUCACAGAGGAGGAGGCCAAGCUCCUGGCUCAGAAAGCAGCUGAGGCUGAACAGGAGAUGCAGCGCAUCAAAGCCACGGCCAUCCGGACGGAGGAGGAGAAGCGGCUGAUGGAACAGAAGGUGCUAGAGGCAGAGAUGUUGGCACUGAAAAUGGCGGAGGAGUCGGAGAGGAGGGCGAAGGAGGCUGAUCAGCUCAAGCAAGACCUUCAGGAGGCUCGCGAGUCUGAGCGGAGGGCGAAGCAGAAGCUUUUGGAGAUCACCAGCAAGUCGUCCUACACACAGUCCAUGAACUCGAGUACGACGGCGCUGCCUACCGACCUGCCGAGCUUCAACCUCAUCAGUGAGAGCCUCUCCUUUGACUUCAAGGACACCGACAUGAAGAGGCUUUCCAUGGAAAUCGAGAAGGAGAAGGUAGAGUACAUGGAGAAAAGCAAGCACCUGCAGGAGCAGCUGAACGAGCUGAAGACAGAAAUCGAGGCGCUGAAGCUCAAGGAGAGAGAGACAGCUCUGGAUAUAUUGCACAACGAGAACGCCAGCCGAGGCAACAGCAAGCACAACACUAUUAAAAAGCCUCAAGCCCAGGGCAGAAGACCUAUCUGCAUUUGAGACUUCAAAGUAGGUUAUUCCAAGCUCACACUACAGAGCACCAAGUCCCGUGUGGCCUUCUUCGAGGAGCUCUAGGACGUGACCGGUCGCUCCGUCACCGCUGCUGCCCCCCGACCAGAGCAUCCCCCCCCAGCACCGGCGUGUCCCAGCCGGGGACAUCACCCCCCCGGGUGCUGCCAUGCCACGGACGGACUCGGGAGCCCACGGACUGUGUGACAUUCUCUAAGCUUAGUGUCCCUUCACCUUCCUCCCUCCCUCCCCCUCUUUGUUUUGUUUUUUUUUUGUUGUUCUUUUCCAGCCUUUUUCUGUGAUUUUUCCUAGCCUAUUUUUUUCGCCUCGGCCCUCCAGGCUUCUCCCCUGCGCUGGGGUCAGGGUUGUGGCCGUGCCCCCCCCACACUCACCACCCCCGUCCCAAACCUGGCAGCCGUGCCGCAGGGUGUCCCUCGCUGGGGAUGUCCUUCUCCGGCGGCUCCCGGAGCUCCAUUAGGAAGGCAGAGCAUGUCCUAGUGGAGUGCUGUAAAUCAGGGGCCGUCGCGCUGGCUCUGGGCGCCCGGCGGAGGUGGGAGGCAUGGGGGGACCUCAGGCUGCAGGGAUUAGGGCAGGAGGUAGGGAGGAAGGUCUCCCCCUCCUCCUCCUCCUCCUCCUCUCCGCAAGGGGUGAGGAGCAGAAGAACAGCUAGUGCCAACCAAAUGAAACCUUUUCUUUUUUAUUCUGUUUUCCCGCAAACUGUGACAAACCUGGGCAGCUUGAGGCCAAGGGGGGCUCUGGGGACUCAGGGCAGGGGGUCUCGCUGGGUGGCCGGGUCCGGUAGCCCCCCAACACGGUGUGGGGUGUCCCCCCCCAGCUCCUCCAAGCCUUCCUGGGGCUGCCUGUCCUUAAGGGGGUGCCUUCACCCGCAGCUCUGACCUCCCCCCGGCCGGCGGUGGCCAUGGGGGAAACAGGGAUGCCCCCACCUUUCCCUCGUGUCUCCGUCCCAAAAUCCUGCCCUCCGUUUGGGGGGGCACAGGGGAAACCCCCCCCCGACCACUUCCAGCUGCAAUUUCCCCUGUCCUGGAGCCAGUGCUGCCCCGGGCAUCCCCCGCACCCCCUGGGGACCCCCAAUUUCUCUCUCCCACAACCCGACCAGACCCCCAGCUGCCCCACAGUCGGCUGGAGGAUGAGCCCGGGGCUCGGAGAUCACGUCCUGAACCCUUAUUUUUUUAUUUAAAACCUCUCUGCCUGGGGUGGACUCCCCGCACGUGGCUGCGGCUCGGCUGGCUCUGGCCCGGCACAGCCACGCUCCCAUCCCCUGGACUCUUGUACUGGGAAGAAAUAACCGUUUUCUCAUUUGUUUUAAUAAAAAUUCAAAGCACUAGGAGGGGGA